GAGGAGGGGCGGGGCUUACUUACACGUCCUCUGAUGAUUAAUUCCCUGUGACUGGCCCUCCCUCCCCUCCCAGCGCUGUUAGAUCAGUGAGAGUCUCGGCACAGAAUCGCUCUGAGCUUCCCAACCGGCCUGGACAUGACUACAAGGUCGCAGGGUCAUCCUAUGGUGCGUUCCCAGGUCUCUGCCACACAGCACUUGCGGGAGCGCCAGAAGUUCUUUGAAGAUGUUCUCCAACAUGAUGCUGAUCUGUACUACCCCUCCUGUCCGUUUUUGAAUGAGGGCUGGCGACCUACUCUGGACAGUGUAUCAUCAAUGGAAGUCAAUAUUGACUGUCUGGACUUAACAGACCCUCUUGACGUUACUGAGUUGGACGCCUUUCAGCAGUCAGAGGAUCCUGACAGUCCUACAGAUCCUAACAUUGAUGUAGAAGAUUCCUGGUUCUUUGGCAUCCCAGACUCUCCCGACACUCAGCAGCAAGCCAGCCAUGAUACUGAUGAUGAUGAUGCAGAAGGAGAGGAGGAAUCUGAGGAACACAGUGAAAGGGACAAUGAAAGGGACAUUGUCAGCUCAGAACCUGCUCACUCCAACCACUGUGAGACAGGGACAUCUGAGAGGGGCUAAGCUUGGACUGGGCCAGUCGUUUUGUACUUCUCUGUACAUCAUGAUGCCACUCAGCGCAACUUCAUACCCCAUUCCUCAUCCCGAUUCUUCUCCAGAAAGAAGCACUGACACUGGAAUACAAAGCCACAAUAGCGUACAACAAACAUGGGAGAUUGUUCUAGAUUAUUUCUUGGUACAUACUGUACUAUUUUAUAUAAUGUAUGGUUUUAGGGUACAGUUUUGUUUUGGUUACACAAUAUGCAAAGGACUUACCAGCAGACUAACACUAUUGAACAGACAAUGUCAAUGGAAUGUCCCAUUAGACAUAGGUGCUCUAUACAGGAUACGGGGAGUAGCAAUAUAAAAACUUAGGUUUAUAGCUGCCUAGUUCUAGGGGUGGCAGACUUUGGCCGAACUAGAAAUUCCCAUAAGCCCCUCUGCAACUUCACUGGAAGUGGGACGCUGGGAGUUCUAGUUAUGGCUGAGUUUGCCUCACCCUGGCAUAGGAUUAAAGCCAGUCCACAAAAAUCUUAGCUAAUACAAGUAACAGAAUAUUGUACAGAGUAAAAUGUUUCAUGAUACAGCUUGCAUGGAUUUGUGGGUGUACCACUAUAUAAUAUACAAAAGCCAUGAAUAUCUUGUAAAUUA